AUGGACGAACCGUUAGACCGUAAGAUGAACAACAGUUUCGUAAUGAAAUUGUUAAAAGAAUGUUCGAUAUUUUUAUUGGCGAAAGAUGUUCGUCUCUCCGAAAAGUUGUUUAACUUAAAUGAAUUGUACGUCAUGUGGAGCACCGACACCGACGAAGACUACUCGGCGGACGUGUACGGGUUCGUGACCGAAAUGUUCGCGGCCAACGUGUUCCGGCCGCUUCCGCCGUCCUCGUACGCGGACACGGACGAAGAGGUGGCCGCGGGUCGCGGCGGCAUCGGGACCGCGGUGGUGGUCGGCGAGCCGACGGCCGACGAGGUGCUGGAGGCCACGCAGACGGUGCUGGUGUACCAGGUGUUCCGGGCGUUCGUGGACCGCGUGAUGUUCGACGCGGACAGGGCGCAACCGUACCUGAACCGGCGGUUCGUCAACGGGCUGGUGCACCGGUUGAACUCGGGCGACGCGGACGAGCGGCUGACGGUGCGCGACAUCGCGGAACGCGUGUGGACGACGUGCCCGGCCGCGCGGUCCACCAUGUUUCGCGCGGCCGCCGACGAGCUGGCCGACUUCGCGUACGGCUACGUGCCGCGGCACAACGGCGUCAACGAGCUGCUCGACUUCUUCGCCGUCACCGCCGGCACCGCCGGCCACGCGGCAGUCCCCAAGCUGCCAAGGGUUUUGGUAUGCUUACUCAAACACCAAUCGUUGUCAUCAUUCAAGUCGAAGCUCGUUGAGUGUGCAAGAGCUUUGAAAAAUGACUAUAAAGAUCUGAUCCCUCAGAUGUUAAUGUUCAUCAAAAAACUAUGGUCGUGCCAACAUCUGAAAACCAUUGUUUUGUUGCAUACAAUGAUGGAACUAUACGAGUGGUGCGAUAGAGACCAAUGGAUACAGUUGCAGGUGCAGAUCGUCGGACAUCUAUCCAAAUUGUUUAGCAACGACGAUUUUAAUUUGGCUGAUUUGUCAAUAAACUUUUGGAACCGAAUUUUACAUGAAAACAUUAAGCUAUGGAAAACCCGGCCGGACGUUAUCAAAAUCGUUGUUGCCAAUUUAAAAAAGGUGGAGCAAGUCCAUUGGAACACGGAUUGUAUCAAAAUGGCUAACUGUUUAUUAAAGUUAAUGGUUACAAGAAAAAUAAUAAAUGAUAAAUACGCCGAGGAACCAGAGGACGACAUAUUUCGGGAUGAUAAAGUUAAUGGGAACAAUUAUAGUCUAAUGACCACGCAUAAUACGUUGAUGCCGCUCAAACAUCCUAAUGCAGUGGUAGAUACUAUAUCGACAAUUACAGAAUCAAUUAUUUAA